UCCGGCAGGCUAGCUAUAAGGGUAAAGGGAGGCAGUAAAAAAGACAAUCGUCUGUAGUUCAGUCCUUCUCAUACAUGCAGUCAAUGCUAUUAGAUAACGACAAGUCUAGACUAAACUGCGUUUUAGUUGCUGUAUGAUAACUGGGGUGACGUGGAGGAUCCUGUAGGCUCGCAGGAGCGCGCGCGCUUCUCCACACCAUGGAUCAUAUGGGAGCGCAUCUCCACCAGACGCACGCAGACACCAUCAGUUUUGGGAUCGAUCAGAUUCUUCACAAUGCAGACCAGGGAAGCUGCAUGAUCUCCAACCCCAGAAUGCAGGAUCUGGACUACGGUUUGGGCUGCAUAGUCAGCACAGCCUAUAAUACCAUGACUGGCAACUACAAUGUCAAUAACUCGGCUGGAUACAAUGGAAACUCGUGCAGCGUUGGCUCCCUCAACGGCUCGUACAACAUGAACUUGGGCGCGAAUGUUAAUGGGAAUUGCCUUAAUUCUUCGGGAGUGAUCCGGGUUCCAGCGCACCGGCCGCUGAGCAGCGUUCACUCGUCCAUUCCCACCAGCGCUGCCGCGGUAACAAGUAUGGGAAGCAUGGGCACCAUUAACAAUCUCACGGGAUUAACGUUUCCAUGGAUGGAGAGUAACAGGAGAUAUACCAAAGACAGAUUUACAGUGGCCCUCUCACCGUUCACUGUAACACGCCGUAUAGGUCACCCGUACCAGAACCGAACGCCUCCUAAGAAGAAGAAGCCCCGGACGUCGUUCACGCGCCUCCAGAUCUGUGAGCUGGAGAAACGCUUCCACCGUCAGAAGUAUCUGGCGUCAGCUGAGAGGGCAGCCUUAGCGAAAGCACUUAAAAUGACUGAUGCGCAGGUCAAAACAUGGUUCCAGAACAGAAGAACGAAAUGGAGGCGGCAGACUGCAGAGGAGAGAGAAGCCGAGCGACAACAAGCGAACCGAAUCCUUAUGCAACUUCAGCAAGAAGCUUUUCAAAAGACUAUAAACCAUCCUGUCAAUGCGGACCCAAUCUGCCUACACAACAGCUCUCUAUUCGCACUUCAGAACCUUCAGCCCUGGACAGAAAACACAGCGAAAAUCAGUAGCGUUCCCAACACUGAUUAGGAGACUUUUAUGGAUGUGCCAUGUGCAGAGGAAUAUAUCAACAUCACAUUACUUUCUUCUUUAUAACAUAAAAUCAGUCUUUCAUUUGUAAUAUCUAGCUUGUAAAAAAAAAAAAAAAAAAAAAAAAAAAAAAAAACCGCUUAAAGAAUAUUUGCUGCUCUCCGUUACAGUUGUGCAUACUAUGUUUUAUUGAUUUUAUCACUUCAAUUUCAACAAAAUGUAAACAUAAAAGACUCGUAUUGCGCUUGUAUCUCAAAAAUUAAUUUUAUUUGGUAUAGCCUAACGUUUGUGGUAACAAUUUAUAAUAAGUUUCAUUAAUAGCUAAGCCUAAGUCACAAACAUUUACAAAUAAAAUAUCAACAAAUAAAAACGAACGUAGGCUACGAAUAUUGUUUCCUCAAAAGCAUAUUAAUUUAAAUAUACCUAGCCUACUAUUAAAAAAUCGUCACAUUAUGCUAAAAAAAGGACACACCGAAUUACUGUCCCCAAGCAGACCAGUGUUAUUGGUGAAUAUCUAUCUAAACUCCACCUCUCUGUUGUGCAUGGAAAUAGGCCUACUGUGAGCUUAUAAUUAAUAUCCUCGUCAUUCUCAGGAUUAGACACAUGCAGAGUGAAAAGAUACCACCUCACUCUCUCCAAGCACACCCAUAGAAGUUUGCACCUCUUUAACCCACAAACGAGUGAAAACGAAAAGCUUGAGGACCUGCUUGCCAAACUGACGGCGAUUAAACUCACAGACCCUCUGACAGCAGUGACUGUAGGCACUAAGUGUUGGACAAACGUAGGCUACUUUAAAACACUGGCAAAAGUGUAGUUAGGCUAAUGAUGUGGGUAGGCUACUUGGAAAACAAAGGAGUUUAAAUUUAAAUAUCUAAUUUUAAAGUAAAAAGUAUUUUAACAGUUUUAAAUAGGCGAUUCUGGGUAAAAAGAUAACUAAUGAACAGGCGUAGGCUAUAUCAUAGACGAAUAAAUAGAUAUGCAUAUGCUGUAGCCUAUCACGCUAUUGCUAAUCAGAGCUUUAUUCGAACUAAUUUACUCUUUUAACUGCAUCCAACUAAUACGCUGAUGAGCAUUACAUAUUGUUAUAAUUAUGAUUUUUUUUUUUAUAAAGUGUUACCAAUUUAUUUAUCUUUUUAUUUUUUCAUAUUCGUAUGUAGGUUUGUUAGGAGGGAUUGUAUUUUGCACGUUUGUAACACAGCAAAAAUAGUCCUGUGAAUUAAAAUAUAUUCUACAGGAAAAAUGGGCCUAUGGCUACAUGAGCGACUUUAUUUCUUCAUGCUUAUGUUUAGAUGCCAUUUUUAUUCGGAGGCGUAAUUUAAAUUACAGCAUUUGUUAUAUGCAGAAAUAUGUUGUUGCGACGUCCCAGAAAGAUUAUUUGUUAGCAAAUAUUUUAUUCAUUUUACAUUAUUUGUAAAUUUUACCUUUUCUGUAUUACACUCAGAAGCAGCUCCCCCCCCCCACCAAAUUAUUCCAACCAUUCUUUGAAAUUAAAGAGACAUGGACGAAAUAUUGUACACCUGUACUAAAGUCUAUACAUUUAUUGUCUGAAUUUUCAUUUUACACAUGCAACAAUUUAUCAAAAGGCAAAUCAAGUUGGUACCAUUGAUAUGUUUACAAGAUUUUUUUAAAAUUGUCCUCCACUUUCUUCGGGGAUGUCGGCGUGUAUAAAAUAUAUUUUAUUAUAGCUUGAUACGAAUGAUUAAAUAUCUGUGGUCAUGUUUCAGACUGGCUCAUUCUAAAUGUUCGAUUUGUUUAGCGCUUUUUGUUGAGUAAAUACAUAGCAGCACCACGCAGGUUUUGUCAUUGUGGAUAGAUCCCAGAUAGCAUAUCAUAUCUGUGAUGAAUCUCUAGUGAAUGACAGUUUGGUUGCAUGAUAAAUGGAUGUUUUUUUUGUCUAUUGGAGAGUGCAAAAGUGUAUUUAUGAUAACUAUGUGCAGAUGUGAUGGUGUUCCUGAAAAUAACCAGAAGCUUAUAAGGCUAUCCAAUACUGCAUCGGAAGGUGGUUUAAGUUUCAUCAUGUCUUCCGAAAUCGUAUAAUGUGUUACAUAAGUGUCGUUUGAAACGUUCCAGAAUGUUAAGAGAUGGAAGUAAUUUAGGUCAGAAUAGGCCCUAUAAGAACGCAGUCGCGAAUAAAAUUUUAAAUAACAUUAAGGCGCGUUUAGACUCACAUACAGCCUAUUAUUUUUAUAUUGCAUUUUACACAUUUUAUAAUGUCUGACAUGCAACAUGACACUGCUGGAUGGUAUGGAAAAUCCAUUUCUAAAUUAUAAGGUUGCUCACUAAAUGGAAACAAAUAUUAUUAUUAUUAGGCCUAUUAUUAUUUUUUUUUUUUUUGUAAUUUGUUAGUUUUCUUGUAAGGUGUUUAAAUAUUGCUGGCCCACUUUGGUUGAAUUGAAUUCAAUUUAUUUCAAAUUUAUUUGUACAGCGCAUUUCACAAUACACAUUGUUUCACACUGAACGUUAGAUAAAGUGGGCCGACCUUUAACCUUCAGUUAUUAUACGCAAAUUCAUUAAAUAAAUUGACAUUCGCUGGUUAUUUUAUAGUUGAAAUGUAAAAUUUACUUUUGUAGAAAGCAGAAAUGAGUCUGCAGUCAGGAAAUUCAAGUCAGAGAUGGAAGAAAGGAAAAAGAAAAUAGAAAAAAUCGAGGCAUAAAGUUCAAUCUGUGGAGUGAAGAAAGAAUGAGAGGAGCAAAAAGAUGCAGAAUAUAAAGCUUUAAAUAUGAACAUAAUUAAAGUUCAUUUAAAGUGUUUAGAGAACAUAUACAAAACCCUUUUAAAUCUUCCUCUUAUUAAUUUUUUUUUUUUUUUUUUUUUUUUGCCUGUUUGUUGUUGCUUGUGUUAUAGCCACAUUUUUAAUAUAUUGUAAAGUUCAUGUUUGGCAAUAUUGUGAUUUAUGAAUAUUCUGAUAUUCAGAUUUCAUCAAAUUCAAUGUCAACACAACACAUUAUUUCAGUUGUUUGGAUUUAUACAUGAUUUAUUUUACUCAUAACCUAUAGGUUAUAUAAUUUUGGGUUUGUUAAAUAUCUUUGUCUGAUAAUAUGUGUUAAUAUAUCAUGUGUUUUUUAAGAUGCAGAAUAAUUUUUAAUAAAUAAGGAAUGGCCCACUUUACCUGAAAAUAAA